AUGUUUGUGGGACUGCCGUGCGGACAAGAGUUUCCAGAUGUAUACUGGAAGCGCGAUAGAAUGUCGAAGCCAUCUUUUUACGCCCAUGUACCCUCGAGAGCGGAUCUUUCGGCUGCACCGGAAGGAAAAGACACAGUGAUGGUCCUAAUUCUAGUCGACAAUAUCGAUACUUCGAAAACUCCCAAAGAAAACGACAUAGACGGUCUGGUCACAGGCACUCGCGAAUAUAUACUGUCGUGUAUCGAAAAUCGAACCGGGAUCGUGGGACUCAAAGCACUCAUCGAACAUGAGAGCUUCCAUUCACCUACAACCUGGCAAGAAAUGUUCAAUUCCGACCGUGGCUCUGUGUUCGGGCUUAAUCACAAUUUCUUCAACAUCCUCUCCUUUCGCCCGCAUAUCAAACAUGACGUCACCGAGGGUAUCUACUUUGUUGGUGCCAGCACACAUCCUGGGGCUGGAGUUCCAACUUGCCUGUCGGGCGCAAAACUCACUGCAGAAAGAGUGCUGCGGGAUUUGGAAGUCCCAAUAUCUUGGCAGGCUGGGAGUUCUCAUGGCAAGAAGGAUCCUUUGAAGACUACUGCAUGCGGCUUUUGGUGGGCUUGGAGAGGAAUUGCAUUCCUUGGUGCACUGUUCGUUAUGGUCGCGACAUGGCAGAUUUGA